UGAGAUCUAGUAUCCCUUUUUUAGAUAGUAAUUUCAACAAUGUUGGUAUACAAAACUUUGAAAUAAGCAAUAAUAAGGUGAUUAACGUUUCGCGCUUCUGGCGUUCGUUUUACGGUUUUACUUUUACCUAUGGCUAUGGGUUUACAUACGGUCAUGCCUGCACAAUAUGCUGAGACGUAAAUUACACGUCUAGACGCAAUAUCUGGCUUGCUUGAUACAACGUAUAACAUCACGUUUAUGCCUUUAUGCCUAUGGUACAUUAUAAAUAGUACACUACAUACUAGUACAUAGUACAUACUACAUGUAUCGCUGACCUGAGCAUACACUUAUACUAUGCCCGAUGUAUAAUGCUAGUGUGGCGUAGUAAUGGAUGGAUACAUCAUGCUAGCAGCAAGGUGCAUGAGCCCGUUCAGAUCGUUCGCACUUGCUCUACGCGCGCACUCGCUUAUAUGCGCUGCCGUAUAAACUAUAAAGUUGAUAACUCAACAACUACUAUCUAGAUUUUGACGAUUUUGUAUUACUAUCGAGACGGGAUACCAAGCAUUGGAAAUCUGGCAUCCAAUGAUCCAACACAAAAAUCUACAAUCCCGCGGAUAUCGGGAUACCGCAAAUUUCGACCCCCGUAAAAUAUCGUUUCUGUCACUAAGUACAUACGAUCUUUUUUAUUAUAUACAUACUCCAUACACUAGAAAUCUUAUUGAGAUUGCCUAUGCCUGCCUGAUAAAAGGUUAUUCGUUUUUCAUUCAGGUCGAGGAAAGGAAAACGAAGCCAUGUGUGGGAUUAUUUUGGUUUCCCCAAGACAGGGGAUGGGGCAGUGGAGAGGACGAAAGUCGUCUGUCAACUGUGUGACGAGAUAAAGCCAUAUAAAAGCACAACAACAAACAUGUGGACACACCUCAAUCGGCACCACUUUGAGGAAGUGCAUGCCAAGGUGAAAUGUGAAGAUAGCAGUACCCCGUGUGUCUCUGUCUCGGGACUCUCCGCAGCUGAGCCCCCGCUGCCAAGCCUUGACAUUGACCGUCACCAGCCUACUACGACGGGCACGACCACACGGCAGAUAGGCGCAAAGUUGCACCAGCCAUCAGUAGCCAGUUUCUUGGAGACCAGAAAACCUUAUCCAAUGGGUGGGCGGCGGGUUAGAGAGAUAAAUCAGGCUCUAGCCGAGUUUGUGGCCUCGGAUAUGAGGCCAUUGAGUGUUGUAGAAGGUGCAGGCUUCAAAAAUCUACUACAUACUCUAGACUCUAGAUAUGAACCUAUAAGUCGCAACACAUUACUUGAGAAAUACAUUGUGCCAAUGUAUCAGGUGACUACGCAGGUUGUCAAAGAGGACAUAGCAAAGGCAGAAGCUCAUAGCUUUACCACAGAUGCAUGGUCUAGCUCUGCUAUGCAAAGUUAUGUGACAACUACCGUUCACUACAUAGACCCCUCCACCUUUGAAUUAAAGUGCAAUGUAUUGGACACUCACCAAAUUAGUGGAAGUCACACUGGAGCUAGAUUAGCAAGUGAGAUGCAAGCAACCCAGGUCAAGUGGGGCCUGAAAAAUGUCAAGGGUGUAAGCGACAAUGCAGCCAAUGUGCAAAGUGCUCUCAAUAUCUACGAUGUGCCUCACUUUGGUUGUUUCGCCCACACCAUAAACCUGUCUGUUAGCAAAGGCCUUGAUGAUCCAGCCAUGAAGAAGUUGCUUGGACGUGUGCGAGCACUUGUGUCGACAUUUAAGCAGAGCUAUCUGAGGACCGAACAAUUACACAUUAAUGAAAAGCUUGUUGGGUUGAAGAACCUCCAGCUGAUCCAAGAUGUCGCAACACGCUGGAACUCACAAUAUUACAUGAUUGAUCGCUUACUUGCUGUUUAUCCAGCUGUCUACUCAUCUCUUUACGGUGGAAGUCACGAGCAUUUACUCCUAUCAGAUGAGGACAGAAAAGUCCUGGAAGAAAUGCAGAUGAUUCUCAAGGUAUUCGAGAAGGCUACCAAGAAGGUGUCGGCAGAAAAGGAGCCAACAGCAGGACUUAUCCUGCCUUAUCUGGAAGCAUUCGUCAACCGAGAUUUGGUAUACAAAGAUACCGACCUUCCUAUAAUCAAGAGAUUGAAAACACAGAUCAGAAGUGACCUCAACAAGAGAUACCAGACAGUGAAAGAGAAGUCCCUGCUAGGUCUCACAUCUGUGCUUGACCCUAGAGUGCGGACCCUGGAUUGGAUGAGCGAGGAGGAUAAGGAAGCUAUUUAUAGCAGCUUAAAGGAGGAGUGUAUCGCAUGUGCCCCACUUAAUCAACCUCUAAAAAUCAAGGCUCAACCAACGGAUGAUAACCCUGUUCCUUCAACUUCAACUGCUUCCAGUCCUAGUCCGGCCAAAAAACGAAGAACAGAUGACUCCGAGUCCGAUGAUGAUCUGGAUGGAGUGGUUUUUGUAAAUGCCGAGGGUCCCAAAACCACAGAGGCACGUGUAAUAGAUGAACUUGCAUCGUAUCGUCAGGAGCCUUCGCUUGGAGUGAAAUACGGUGACCCUCUUAUUUGGUGGAAGGCACACAGGCUCAAGUACCCUAUACUUGCUGCAGUGAUGAGGCAGUACCUGAAUAUCCCCGCCUCCAGUGUCCCCUCCGAGAGAGUGUUCUCCACGGCAGGUGGUGUGUUCCGCAAACGGGAGAGCUUGGUCCCCGAGAAUGCCAACAUAUUAGUGUUUUUAUACCAAAAUUACGAAAAAUACAAAUCCGUUGUCCUCCCUAGAUGGAGACACAUUGUCAGUUAAUUUCAAGUGGUAUAGUGUCAUUUUGUUUCAUUUUAUGUUAUGUUAUAACUUAUAAUAUUGUAGUGUAUACAUUCACAUACAAAACAAUAAAACACACCUACAAUGCUAAAAAUAACAAAACCAAAACACCAUCCAUCUUUUGCUACAUCAUGUUUUAUUACAUAAUAAAUCGAAUCGGAUCGAAUC